UUGUGCAAACUUAAUUUGACUCUUUCAUUGUCACAACAAUUUUGUAAUUUGCUUCACUGGAUUAUUUUAAUACUUCUACUGCUGAGACGUGAGCUUAAUUAAGUUUCAAGUUAUGAACAAUUGACACGUAACACGUAUGUGGAUUCGUGAGCUUCGUAAAUCUUUGAUCAAAACUAUCAUUAACGUAAUACUAGUUGACGUCGUUAAACUGUUUUGUAACAGUGAAGCAUGAAUUCAACUACAAUCGUCGAAACCAAUUAUGGACUGGUUAAAGGUGUACUAACAGUAUCAUUACUAAGCAAUGUAUUUUAUAGUUAUCUGGGCAUUCCAUAUGCUAAGCCUCCGACAGAUGUGCUUCGCUUUAAGGAUCCUCAGUUGCCGGAACCGUGGUCUGGGGUGUGGAAUGCGACUGAAGAAUCUGUACCAUGCUGGGAACGGGAUCUGUUUAGUGGAGAAUAUCGCGGUAGCGAGGACUGUUUGUAUUUGAAUGUUUUCACUCACGAAAUACGGCCCACAUCAUUGAAGCCAGUAAUAGUUUUCAUCUAUCCGGGAGCAUUUAAUUUUGGUUCGGCAAGCUUAAAUCUCACUGGACCGGAUUAUAUCAUGCAAAAGGAUGUGGUGCUAGUUACAUUCAAUUUUCGUCAAGGCGUCUUCGGCUAUUUACGUGUACUAGACGAUUCAUUCAAUAUUAGUGGGAACUUUGGCCUCAAAGAUCAAUCAUUGGCACUUCGUUGGAUCAAAGAAAAUAUCAGAAAUUUCGGUGGAGAUCCAAGUAACGUACUGUUAUUCGGCUUUAGUUCGGGUGCUUGUGCGGUCAACUAUCAGAUGCUAUCGGAAUGGUCGAGAGAUUUCUUUCACAAAGCGAUAAUUAUGUCUGGAUCAGUUCUGAACACUAGAUUUGCAGCGCCAGAAAAUGAAAACUUUUAUGUGGAACGAUUGGCUGCAGCAGUCGGUUGGAAUAUGAGUGGAGGCUUGCAAAGUGCUGUGAACAUUCUACUCAACACAAAUGCUUCCGAUAUGAUUCGAGCCCACUUUCAGCCCGACUUCCUCCUCCCUGAAGACCUAAUGAAGGGAAUUCGUUUCCCGUAUGGGCCAGUUAUCGAAACCAAACAUUCAGGUUUCAUGCCGAUCGAUCCGCGUCUACGGGCUCGAAAUUCAUGGAGUAACAAUAUUCCUGUGAUAUUAACUUAUACAGCAGACGAAGCCCUGAUUUUACGACCAGCAGCAGUUGCUAAAGGUGAAAAGCUAUUAAGUACGAUAAACUUCGCUAAGUUAGUACCACGAGACGCUGGAUGUUCGUAUAGUGACAGCGAGCUUGAAGCGUUGGGAGAGAGAAUUAAAAAUUUCUACUUCGGUGGUGACGAUACCAGCCAAGAGAAGAUUUUGGAUAACUUCGUUCGAAUGGAAUCCGAUCGACUAUAUGUGCACGGAAUGUAUCGCCUUGCUCUAUCACGUCUACGACAUUGCGGUUCACAACAGACUGCUGCCACAUAUAUGUAUAGAUUUAACGUUGACUCGCCGACUAUGAAUCUCUUCCGUAUUCUAAGAUGUGGACAAAAUUGCCGUGGAACUGCUCAUACUGACGAUAUGUCAUACAUUUUCCGUAAUUUUCUUGUAAAAUCGAUCAACGAUAUUGGCGAGUACGAAAUGAUAACCGUGUCUAGGAUGGUCAAUUUAAUAUACAAUUUUGCAAUGAAAAACGGUCCAAACUUGGAUGAGGACGAUGGUCUUUGGCAACCUCUGAAUGAACAAACAGCAGAGAAUGGAGCGUUUUGCGUGUUGGAUAUUGCACAAAAUUUAACGUUUAUUGAGAUGCCAGAAUUGCAAGCGAUGCAACUAUGGACCUCAUUUUAUGCUAUUGAUCAUUUGACAUAAAACUUGACAUUAAAAGUUCUGCUUUCCUUUCAAUUUCUUGAUAAUUCAUAUAGUUU